AUGCAGCGGCCAGGGGAGUCCGGCGCCGCGCGCUUCGGCCCGCCCGAAGGCUGCGCGGACCACCGGCCGCACCGCUAUCGCAGCUUCAUGAUCGAGGAGAUCCUGACUGAGCCGCCGGGGCCCAAGGGCGCCGCGCCCGCCGCCGCUGCCGCCGCGGGCGAGCUGCUCAAGUUCGGCGUGCAGGCGCUGCUGGCGGCGCGGCCCUUCCACAGCCACCUGGCCGUGCUGAAGGCAGACCAGGCGGCAGUGUUCAAGUUCCCGCUGGCGCCGCUCGGCUGUUCCGGGCUGGGCUCGGCGCUGCUAGCCGCGGGGCCUGGUUUGCCGGGCGCCACGGGUGCGCCGCACCUGCCGCUGGAGCUGCAGCUCCGCGGGAAGUUGGAGGCGGCAGGCCCAGGAGAGCCGGGCACCAAGGCCAAGAAGGGGCGCCGCAGCCGCACGGUGUUCACCGAGCUGCAGCUGAUGGGCCUGGAGAAGCGCUUCGAGAAGCAGAAGUACCUCUCCACGCCAGACAGAAUAGAUCUCGCUGAGUCCCUGGGCCUGAGCCAGUUGCAGGUGAAGACGUGGUACCAGAAUCGAAGGAUGAAGUGGAAGAAAAUAGUGUUGCAGGGCGGCGGCCUGGAGUCCCCUACCAAACCCAAGGGGCGGCCCAAGAAAAACUCCAUUCCCACGAGCGAGCAGCUCACGGAGCAGGAGCGCGCCAAGGAGGCGGAGAAGCCGGCGGAGGCGCCGGGCGAGCCCAGCGACAGAAACCGUGAGGACUGAGUGCGGCAACGUGCCGGGCCCGGGACUCCCGCACCGCCCGGGCCUGGUCAGCCCGUGGGAAGCCACGAGCUGGUCCCUCUGCGUCCACGCCGUUUGCUUUCUAAACGUUUCAUUAUUACUUUGAAUGCGGACAAUUAGGGGCCAAACAAGAAAGGACACAGACUCUGCAACCAAACCCAGGUCUCAGGGCGCUCCUGGGCCCCAACCUGGGAGACUCGCCUCCAGCGCGGCGGAAGCUACUCGGCUGCGCUGGAAGUUCCGCGGCUCCGGGCGCUCCACGCGCACUCACGCCCAGCUCCUCGC